GGGGGGGCAGCAGAGAUACUCUUUGUUGAACUUUUCGUUUCAGUAAUAAAACAAACGGUGGUUCAUGUGUAAUUUGAGCACUGGGUUCUGCGAGGGCGUUACAGAACAGGGUCUCACAAAAUAUGGCACGUUAUUGUUAAGGGUCUGCCAUUGCAUCGUUAGGCAUUUCAGAUAAUAAAGCAAUACGAAUACUUUAAAGGAGAUCCCUUUUUUGACGGUAAUUUCAGGUCGCAUAGCUAAACGUCUGCUUUUGGCGGUGCGCCUGAUGUAAUUUGUUUGCAGGUGUGACAUUGUCUCCGACACGCUUUCCGUGGGGCUCCGCUUGUCUGUGAAGUGCUGUGUGCGAAAUCGUGAGCGUCGUUUGGCGAGUUACUGCUCCAGGAGCACUCUGGGUACAGGCUGUGAGCGAAGGAGGGACUAAUGUAAAAACAAAUCCGGGGAAGUGGAAACUCUUCUCGUGAAUUGCACGCAGCACACUGAGCCGAGCGGGCUCGCUUUACAGGAACCAAGCCGGCAAACUUCCUUUUUCGAGAAUUAAAAGGUGUGGGUAGCCGAUAGCCCGUGGGUCACCUUGCUGUGCGCGAUCAAGUCUUUCCCCCUCUCUCAUCCUGGCUGUGCCUGGUUUUGUGUUGCUUGGAAACAGGAGGAAACUUGGCCAUAUCCUUCAGCGUAGAGGAUGACAGGAUCGCAGACGGAGAAAGCAGACCUUCGCAAAGGGGGAAAACAUGUUUUCUAAAGUGAAUGGCCCUGGCUUUAUCUGAAAAAAAAAAACUGAAAACAACUGCGUCCAUCCCACUUCUUGAAUGUCACCAAGAAUGGAUUUUCCCUGAGAAGUGAAAUUUGCAACUCUGGCAUAGCUCAAUAUUCGAGCAGGAGGACAAGUGGGGCCCAGUUACAGCUCCCAGCAGCUCACAGAGAGACCCUGACACCCAGUUCAGAUGUGUUUACAUAAGAGUAUAAGAAAGGUUACCAGCGAGAGGAGCCACUCAGCCCAGCCAGCCUGCGUAGUUGUUAGUAGCUAAUUGGUCCCAGGAUCUCAUGCAGCCGUUUUUUGAAAGAAGCCAGGGUACCAGCUUCAACAGCAUGACUAGAGUGAACCGGGGCCCUGUUUCCCAUUGCAGAAUGACCCUGGCUCGGACACUGGAGAAACCAUGCUUCUUGAUCACUCUGGCCUUUCUCCAGCUUGUCUUUGUGGCUGUGAUGUACCGCCGUGGCUCCAGCGUUCUCCACGGUCUCUUCUCCGCCAGCGGAGAGAACUGGGACUACGCUAAAGCCCAGGACGUGUACACCAACUUGACCUUCUUCACCCCGGUGAUGAAGGAGCUGCAGCGCUACUGUCCAGCCAAGUCUCCGCUGCUGGUGGGGCCCCUGAAGGUGACGUUGCUGACGGCGCCAGCGCUGAGGAGGAUAGUGAAGAAGAACCCCUAUGUGAGGCGGGGGGGUCUGUACAGGCCCCCGCACUGCCUGGCCCGUUACAAGACGGCCAUUAUCGUCCCCCACCGGAACCGGGAGGUCCACCUCCGCCACCUGCUCUACCACCUGCACCCCUUCCUGCAGCGGCAGCAGCUGCACUACAGGAUCUACGUCAUCCACCAGGCAGGAUCCCAGACCUUCAACCGCGCCAAGCUGCUUAACGUGGGAGUGAGAGAGGCCAUGAAAGAUGAGGACUGGGACUGCCUCUUCCUGCACGAUAUCGAUCUCAUUCCGGAAAAUGACUACAACCUGUACGUCUGUGAUGAGACCUACCCUAAGCACUUCUCCAGCGCGAUUAAUAAGUUCAACUACAGACUGCCAUACUGGACUUAUUUUGGAGGGGUGUCGGCGAUGACACCUGAGCAGUACAUGAAGAUAAACGGGUUCCCCAACACCUACUGGGGCUGGGGCGGCGAGGACGACGACAUCGCUUUCAGGGUGAAGUAUGCUGGUUUGAGGAUGGUGAGGGUUCCCCUGCAUAUAGGACGAUACAAGAUGGUCGACCACAAACAGGACAAAGGGAACGAGCAAAACAACAAACGGUUCGACUUGUUAGUAAGAUCUCCAGACAAAUGGAGGGAGGACGGUAUGAAUUCUUUGGAGUAUCACCUGGUUUCGAAACGGCUGAUGUAUCUUUACACCAAUGUCACCGUGGACAUCGGGCCCAACCCCUUCUCCUCCGAGGAGAAAAAUGGCACAGCCACCUGAGCAGGAGGACAAGCAGGAAGCGUCUCGCAUUCGCCACAGGAGGAGGGAGGCCUUUAGACUCUCUUCACCUCUCCUGGGUCGUUUCACCAGGCACUUGUGUUCAAGGUUACACAACGGGAGUUUGGUGCCGUCUCAAUCUCUCAAUCGCCAGUGGACUGUUACCGUGGUAGACUGUCAUGGGGGGUUUCAGGGAUUUUUGUCUUCGUCACUGCAGCAGGUCAGAUAUUCUUGGCUCUAGAUCUGCACCCUCAGAGCUCCGCCUUUGAUCAAACUGGAAACACCUCAACAUAAUGCCAUGUAAGCAAAAAUCAUGGUUUAGCUGCUUAUAGGAAGUAUGAAUGGUUUUAGAGACAAAUGUUUUGUUUUCUUUUCCAAGAAUAACAAUAUUCCAGUUGUUCUCAACCAUUCUUUAUGACACUCCAUAAAGGUAUCUUGACGACGCACUUGGAUGAAGAACUGAACACUGGGAAUGAGUGGAUCCAAAACUAGAAUUUGCAAAGCCCCCGCGGUAGGAUCUUCCCCCCGUUACGGACAGGUGAAUAAAGUGGAAAUACAGAAAUGCUCUCAAUGUGUGCAUGUACGAACUCACCGAGUGUGACACAGUCGUCAAGACUGUCAGAGAAUCUAGUUUUUCAUGUUGACACGUUCGAGGAAAAGCCGUGUUCUGUAGCGGUGUUUUCAGAUUCUGGAGUUCCCUGUGUCUGUUGGUUUCCAGAACUGCCAGUAAGAUUGUAGGAUGGCUAGGUGGAAUUUCACUUGUGAGCUUCAACACCAGUUACAGGGGUGUGUAGCACUGUGUCAUGCCCGGCUGUGUCUGUGUAUCAUUAAUUGAUCAUCAAGAGGGAGCUGUUUAUGAAUGCACAGGACAGAGAGAGAACGUUCUUAACUAGGCUGAAGGAGGUAUUGGUUUGCUACAUUUCUUGGAAAUCUACACAGAUUUCUGAAACAAAGGUUAAAAGUCAAGCAGUGGGACCUGGAAUUAGCGUAGCUCUUUGUUGGAACAAAAAAAACACAGGGGUCGUCCAGAGCCAGGACAGGACUACAGGAUGUUACUUGUUGCAAACCUUAGAAGACAUUUUUUAAAAACUUGCAGGAUUGGAAUAUUUUAUUGCAUAAGAAUGUUGAAAGAGCAGUCUGGCAGUAAGGCUGGGACUUUAAGUAUUUGUUACACUAGUAGGAAAACAUCUUGUCUAUCAGGACCUCGGUAAUCAUGUUAGAUGCCACAAUAAACUAAGGUGUGUGCCUACACUUGCUUGUGUUCACCUAACUGCAUGUGAGUUUUGAAUGUGUAUUUUCCUUUUUUUCCUUUUUCUGAGAUUUACUGCCUUGAAAACAUUGUGAUGACUGCAUUGCACCAAUCAAAUGUUAUUUUAGAGCACACUGUCAAAGUGAUUUACAGUUAUAUGCUACAGAACGGUGUUGUACAUGCACAGCAAAAGAUAGUUGUAUAAAAAAUAAAUUUACAUUUGUAUCAAAAA